AUGGGUGAAUAUGGCACAGAAGCGUGGUUCGAAUUCACCUUUGAAGAUAUUGUUCCAUGGUGGAGAAUAGGACUACCAAUCAACAUGGCUGCUGCCGUGAUGGUGCUAUGCGGCUUUUUGUAUGUGCUACUACACCGGAAGGUUCAAGUGGAAGAAACUGUCGCUACUAGGCGGAUAGACAUUGUUGAAACCGUAAAAUGGCACUUGGAAGAGGAACUCAAAAAGGAAGCAAAGAAGUUUUUGCAAAGAGAAGAACUGAGGCACAUAAGGAGAAGAGAAAAGGCAACGAUGUCCAUGACACAUUCCGAGUCUGAAAAACGAAAACAGGACAAGGAAAAGUCUCCGAAGAAAGGCUCGAAAAAGGAGUCAAAGGAAACGCCUAAGAAGGGAAAAGAAUCAGCGGCUGCUGUAGAUAAGGAAAGCCAUGAGAAAGUUAGCAAGGAGAAAGAAGCACCACAAAGGAGCCCUACUCCUGAAGAAAAACUAUUGAUGGAGUGGCGAAACUCUCGAGAAAAAGUAAAGGACGUUCAAGAGAAUAAAUCGAAGGAUGACGCACACGAAAUCUAG